UGUGUGCUGCUCUUAUCUUGGUUCACAUGGUAACACUGCCUUGGUUUGGAGAUUUUCUCUUUUCUUCUUUUCCCAAUUGAAAAAGGAUGUUAGCAAGGGUGCUGCUCGCUCUAAGCUUGGUCCCUGCUCUUGCACUGGCUCUGUGUCAGCCCGAUGGACAAGAUGCCUACAAAGUACGGCUUAGUAUCAAAACAGCUCUUGGAGCUAAUGCGUACGAAUGGAAUGAAAGUGAACAAUUUUUAUUCAGAGCAACACUGGCAUUUGCCAUGAGAAAAUAUACAGGCCAAGAAACUUUCAAUGUUUCCAGUGUGAUUGUCUGCGAUGAAACACCAAGGGUUUCAUUCUGGUUUGUGGUGACAAAUCCCAACGAUACCGCCACACUCAUUCCUAAGAACGCUGUAGAAGAAGCUAUCAGACUGUCCAGGAACAGAAUCAACAGUGCAUUUUUACUGAGCGACAAAACUCUGCAGUUUCUGGGUAUCCCCCCAACCCUGGCACCUCCAAGCCAACCUUCGUUACCUGUUUGGCUAAUUGUAUUUGGUGUCGUAAUGGGCAUCGUGACAACUGGCAUCCUAGCACUCAUAAUAUCUGGCUUCAUUCAAAGAAAAAAGAAAGAUAUAGAAGACGAAGAUGAAGAAGAGAAACAAGAGGGAAUUAUGGAAAACGGCAUCUCGUGUGAAACACUGGAGGGAAAAGAAGGCGUGAACAAUGGAGCAUACUCACAUGACGAAGACCGAUUAACACAGCUCUAAACACUCUAGACAUACUGGGACUGGGAUUUCCUGUCCAAUAGCCAGCAAGGUUACAUCGUGCACAAGAAAGCACUGUCAAGGUUGAGUUCAAUGGGAAAACUUUCGAGCUGCAAAGUCAGCUGCUUAGACUGAAUGACAAUGUUGUUUAUUUUAAAUGACACUACUUGUACUUUGAUAACAUUUAUAUAGUAUCUGAACUUGCAACAUAGACAGUAUGUCUAAUUAAAUUCACUUUGAUCAAGUGAUGGUAUCUCUGAUUUCCUUAUCUGUGUUCCAGCAGCCUAUCUAUAAAACAAAUACACUUUAUAUCCUUUAAGAACUGCAACUAGUCAAUAGGUUACCAAGUUAUAUUUGCAGUAUACCUUGCGUUUCCCAUACCUAUAAUAUCUCUUUUAAUGUUUUACCAGUUUACCACAGCUGGUACUGCUUGGGAUCAACUGUGUAAAGUGUAAAAAGUGGGUCAUUUUAUUACUUUUUCUUUUGUACAUGAAAUGGCCACACGAAAAAAUGACAUGUUUUCUUUGAUAGCAUAACAUUGGAUGUAUCCUUCACAAAAAAUAAUGUAUUGGUUAAGGUUUGUUACAACAGUUAAUGUUGCAUUCCUUUUAAGACACUUUACUACAGGAAGGGUUGAACAAUGGAUAUGUAAGCUAGCAGGCACGUUUGCCUCUGUGUAAUUGAGUCUUACUAAAUAAACAGUUAUGCUUAACGCUAAAA